GAGUAUAAAUGUUGGGUAUUCCGUCGUGGGCCUCAGAAAUGGAGAACAAGCCUUUGGUUGUGGCUCUGUGGUGCCUACUGACGCUGGUAAGCGUCGUCCUGACGGCCGAAAGGUACAGUGCUCGAUACGAUAAAAUCGACUUAGAUGCCAUCCUCACGAAUGACCGGGCCCUCGGCGCUAUCAUCAGGUGCAUCUUAGAGAAGGGCCCGUGCUCUCCGGAGGGAAAGGAUAUUAAAACUGACCUACCAGAUGCAUUGAGGACGCAGUGCGCUAAAUGCACAGAUACUCAGAAGAGGAUGAUUAGAAAGUCUUCAAGGUACCUGCUUACGAACAGACCAGAAGACUGGAAGGCCAUCACUCGCAAAGCUUACGACACGCCGAAGACGAAAUAUAACGCGAUGCUUUUAACGAAGAGGGCCUUGCCGGUUUGGGUCAUGUUGACGGCGUGGGUGAGCGCACAGAACGGGUCGUCGAAGUACGAAUACGUGGAUGUGGACGCCCUCUUGUCUAAUCAUAGGACUCUCAACAAUUAUGUUAACUGCGUCCUGGACAAGGGUCCGUGCACUCCGGAAGGCCGAGACUUGAAGGAGUACAUGCCGAGAGCUCUGACGACCGCAUGUGCCGACUGCACCAGAUCGCAGAAGCAUUUCAUCAGGAAGGCGGCGUCAUACGUCAUGAAGAAUAGACCAAGGGACUGGGAUGAAAUCGUAAAAAAGUAUAACCCUCAGGGAAAAUACCGCGAGUCCUUCUACAGGUUCCUGGCUGAAGGUUGAAUUGCUGACAAAGUGUGGCGCUUAAAUAAUUUAUAAACUUUCUGCACACAAUGUGAAACAGCCAUAAUGGGCUAGGUGUCUGAAUUGGUCGUCUAAUCAGUAGACGGCAAGUGUUAUUUAAAAUAAUGAAGUAGACACUUUUUUACUUUUAUUUUUUACGUGUACUUUGAAUACAGAAGGAGUAAAAUAAAUUGAAGAUGUCCAUCUUCUGGGUUUUAGUAAAAUAAAUUAUUUGUAGUUA